AGGAACCGCUGGCGUCUAUCUCCCCACCCAACCCUUGCCUUCAACUACUGAGGGAGAAAGAGAGAGAGAGAGCUGGAAAUACUGAAUGGAGAAGCUGAUAUGUGUUGCGAGUCUGUGUUCGUGUUGAGCGGAAAGUGUUGAACCCGUACUCAAAGGACUCGAGCUCUUGUCACAACUACUUGCCAUGGAAAAGAUAAGUCUAAUUCUUGUGUGUGUUUUCCCCGUUCAUGGCGCUGAAACCUCGCUUAUCUACCACCGGGAUAACUAAAACUUCUACGAGAGCUUUUAAAUCGAAAUACUUAGGUGUAGAAACGUUUGAAAAUGGUUUACAUCUUGUCUGGCUCUCUCGUGGUGACUUAGUGGUUAUGUAGGGAGCCCGAUCGAGCACUUCACCCCACCAUACUGAACAAAGAAGCUGGACAACUGUAUAUGACGGGGUGUUCAUCAUUGAGUGCGUACGUGCGUGUCUCUUUCACUCGCCGUAUGGAAAGGCAAACAUCGCCCCCUUCCCAUUCACCGCACACUGAAUACAGAUGAUAACUAUGCAUAUACUGAGUGACUAUAUGCGUGUGUUUAUUGUAUACUGCGGACUGGACUUCCACGUUACUUGACCUAAGCGUACAGGGGAACAAUGACACGUGCUGAAAACAGUCGCCAGUGUCGCCGUGAGGAAGGGUUGCGGCGGGGGCGUCUUGGUCAGCCCGCAGGUGUGUGUUUCGUGGGCUUAAUGUGUUGGUUAUGUCUUCCCCUGACGCUGUCCACCCAGUUCCCCGCGGAAGAUGCGAAUCUAGCAAAAGCAUCGUUGUAUAGCCACGAUCCCGCCUCCAGUACCUCAGACGUAAAGGGCAGCGCAGUGAACCUCAUGUCAAGCUCCUCCGCUGUCACCCAAACCAGUCCAUUCCCCGUGAAGGAUGCAAACGAAUUUAAGGCAUCGCUGAAUGACCGUGUUCCUGUAUCCUCCGGUGCUUCAGGCGGCUCGGAGGCUCAUAGCAAUCACCUGAGCUUGAGCCAUUCCCCGGAAGUGACUCCUAGCGUGGCUGAUCUUUGGACGCAAACAACUACGUCCACAUCUAACGGAAAGAGGCGGAUAGGAAUCUCUGAUGAAAGAGAUCCUGCAAGCAAGAGUCCUUACACGCCUAAAGAAGAGGGACAGAAACAGCAGAAGCACCAUCAGGGGAACCUCCGUCCGGCCAGCCCGUCCCUACCCGCGCACCGCCACGCCCUGCUAACCAGCCCAGAGAGGGAAGUCAGGCGCCGAAGGGAGACCAGCCAAGAUAUGAAGGAGGAAGAGGAAGAAGAGACGGAAGACAUGAGGAAGAUGAAGAAGGCACAAGAGGAGGAGGAGGAGGAGGAGGAGGAGGAGGAGGAGGAAGACUUGAGGAAGAUAAAGACGCCACAAGAUACGCAGAAAGAGGAGGAGGAGGAGGAAGACAUGAAGAAGAAAAAGAAGGCACAGGAUACACAUGUUGCAUCCUCCUCCUCCUCCUCCUCCUCCUCCUCCUCCUUAAUGCUGAAGGAGGAGGAGGAAGAGGAGGAAAGAAGAACUAUAACACAGGAAGCAGAAGAGGUCAACUCAGCCUCGUCUUCCUCCUCCUUAAUAUCGAGGAAGGAGAAGGAGGAAGAGGAGGAGGAGGAGGAGGAGGAGGAGGACACAAGAGCCAGGACACAGCUAGCACAAAUAGUCAAUCCAGCCUCCUCCUCCUCCUCCUCUUCAUUGAUGCUACUGAAGAGAGAAGAAGAGGAAGAAGAGGAGGAGGAGGACACAAGACCCAGAACAAAGCUAGCACAAGAGGUCAACCCAGCCUCCUCCUCCUCUUCUUUACUCUCGGAGGAGGAGGUGAUGACUCUGGACAACCUCGCGCAGUAUUACCAAGACGUGGCUGUCCUGGGCGGCGCCAAACCCACCCUGGAGGAGAUCACCGCACACCGCCACUUUCUACUGUCACUCCUACACAAGUUAACCCACGGAAGACCGAUUGACGAGAUGACAGACACGACGGACAGACUCAACGACAUCUUCAGGAUUAACAGCAAGGUCUUGAGUUACAGCGAGGGGUCUGACGUCGCCCCUAGCGGAAACGACAGCACUGGUGGGAACGACAGCUUUUGGAAGAAGGGAAAUGCCAGCACCAGUGAUAGCCAUGCAGGGAACAGGAAUGAGACGGACGCCAUUACGGAUAACAAGAACAACAACAGUAAUAACAACAAUGACAACAACAACAACAACAGUAAUUUAUCCCCAUUAACAGUGCCUUUAGCGUACAUAAACAGACCACCUCCACCUCCACCACCACCACCAUCAUCACCUCCACCAUCAUCACCACCGCGAUUAUCACCACCAUAUGGAAGGCCUGUCCUCAGCACCUACUCAGAGAGAACAGGUCCGGUCUCAUCGCCGCCGCAACUGCAUGGCCUGCCAGAAGGUAACGUGAGGAGCCCCAGCCUACCCUCCAGCCUACCUCUCAGCCUGCCUCCCAGUCUGCCUCCUGAUCUACCUACCAGCCUACCUCCCAGCCUGCCUCCUAACCUGCCUACCAGCCGACCUCCCAGCCUGCCUCCUAACCUGCCGACCAGCCGACCUCCCAGCCUACCUCCCAGCCUGCCUCCUAACCUGCCUACCAGCCGACCUCCCAUCCUAUAUAUACCUCCCAGCCUGCCUCCUAACCUGUCUACCAGCCGACCUCCCAGCCUGCCUCCUAACCUGCCUACCAGCCGACCUCCCAGCCUACCUCCCAGCCUACCCUCCAGCCUACCUCCCAUCCUGCCUCCCAGUCUGCCUCCUAACCAGCCUACCAGCCGACCUCCCAGCCUACAUCUCAGCCUACCUCUACGACUCCCCCUUCUCCCCAGCCUACCUCGUUUAAAUCCCCAGCCUGUAAUCCUCCCCCCCCUCGCCAACCACCCUCGCCACGCCCACCAAACCCAUUUCAACACCAAUUUCACCACCACUAGCAACACCACCGCGCUCUCCAGCCUUCCUCGUCCAUUCGUCAACACCACGCUCGUCACCAAAUACUUGUCGCUGCUGAACACCUUCGAUCUGCUACGACAAGUCAACACCGUCCUGCAGUCAUCACCACCACCACCACUAUCAUCAUCACCACCACCAUCACCACCAUCAUCACCAGUACCCACGCCCUUCCCUCUCUCAAAGCUCUAUUCCGACCCCAACCCUGUGGAGUAUACAAUCAAAACACCACUUCUUGCAGCAUCAUCACCACCACCACCAUCACGAUCACCACCACUUCGCACGGGACUAGUUGCUGCGGCAGUGGCCCCCCAGAUCUCUGAGGCCAUCACGGCUCUCAUUACGGCCAUUGGUGAGGCCAUAUCGUCAUUUGUUGAAGCCUUAGCAAUGGCCCUGAGCUCUUUCCUACAAGCUAUCGCCAUGGCUAUUGAGGCCAACCCCGCCGCUCUCCUUCUCGGUCUUGUCCCCCUCUUCUUCCUCCUCCUCGCAUACCUGCUCCAUCAUCAUCAAGGGCAAAGCUACGGUCACAGUCAAGGCUACGGGCACAUGUCUAGUGGCUACGGGCACAGGUCUAGUGGCUAUGGGAGAUCAUAUGACCUACUUCUCCAUCCCCCCUUCUCCUCUUCCUCCUCCUCCAACCUCGAUGAUAUGUAUGGCUAUGGAAGGUUAUUGGAUAUUCUCAACCCUUCCUCCUCCUCCUCUUCCCUCUCCUCUUCCUUCCACGAUUUAAUUGGCUACUCGGGAGGGUCAUUACUCUCUUCCUCCUCCUCCUCUUCCUCCUCUUCCUUGUACGAUUUCAUAUAUGGCUACUUGGGAAGAUUAAUACUCUCUCCCAUCUUCUCCUUCUCCUCCUCCUCCUCCUCGUCAUCGUCAUCAGCCAGCCCAGCCCUCCUCCUCCUGGACGCACGAACAGCCGAGGCGUUGGCCACUCACGUCUUGGCGCAGAUUCAGGCUUUUGAAGAGAGACUGGAGGAAACCAGACCAGCCAAGGGAAGGAAGGAAGGAAGGGAAGAACUCGGUCCUUCCUUUGCUGGGACUACUGAGAAGACUGCUGACCCUGCUGAGAAGACUGCUGACACUGCUGAGGCUACAGUAGAAACCUCCCAAGGGUCUUAAUGCCUACUGAGGAAACCUGCGGCUAUAGCUGUGUUUUAGAGAUGAAAAGAGGAUCAAUAGACCAUUACAACAGGAUCCAGGAGCACGUACCCAACACCACGGACUUUUUAAAGCAAGAGGAUGGAAGGAAGAAAAAGGAAGAAAGAUUGAUUGAUUGAUAGAGAAGAAAUUUAGGCAGAUGAAGUGUAUGUAAAGGUGAAGAAAGGGAGAAAAAGCUACAGUAGGCCUCUGGAAAAGAAAAAGAGAGAAGAAAUGCAAAAAAAGCUACAGUAGGCCUAUGGAAAAGAAAAAAAGAGAAGAAAUGCAAAAAAAAACUACAGUAGGCCUAUGUAAAAUAAAUAAGAGACGAAAUGCAAAAAAAAGCUACAGUAGGCCUAUGGAAAAUAAAAAAAAAGAGAAGAAAUGAAAAAAAACUACAGUAGGCCAAUGGAAAGUGACGAAAUGUAACAGAGGAAAGAAAAAGCUACAAUAGACCUCUGGAAAAGAAAAAAAGACAGUGACGAAAUAUUUGAAGAAUGAAAGAGGGAAAAAAAUAAAGAAAAAAGAAGGAAAAGAUAGAAGAUAGAUUAAGAACUGUAUAGGCCUAUGGAAAGAAUACUCAUCUGCCAGCCCACUCAGCCCCACCACUUACCCCGCCCACUCGCCAGCCAUAUGAAGUGGGCGUGACACGGGCGGACCACUCGCGCCACGGGGGAUCAGCUGUUUGACUAUGACGCAAUCGCUGCCCGGGUCACCAAGGACGAGGACGGGUGCUCUCUCUCUCUCUCUCUCUCUCUCGUAUCAUCGUUAUCAUUGUAGCAAAAGUGUAAAUAUAUAAAUUCGCACAAAUAACAGUUUUUCAAUUCAUUUUCAUUCAAGGAUAUGGUAGUAUUUUCGAUGGGGGAAUUAGAUUAACUUUUAAAAAACAGCAGUAGUAGUGGUAGUAGUAGUAGGAGUAGUAUAAGUAGUAGUAGUGGUGUUAGUUACUGUACUCGUAGCAAGAUAUAACACUGAAGGCCUUGUCUGAUAAGAGAUAGAGUGGUUGCUGGCUGCCAUGCAUACUCUGUCUCCACGUCUUAAUAUAUUACUAUUUACAUCCAUGCACUUAUUACAUUAUCCGUUUAUUAUACAUUGUUGCAAGCAGAUGGAUACUUAGGUAGACAGCAAUUAAGACAUAGAUAAAUAGAACCAGUUAUAUAUGGAUACAGAGACCUGGGUUGAUAAAUAUAUAUAGAGAUAUACACUGAAUGAUGGUUUUAGGGAGAGAUAUAUGGAUGGGUAAAUAUUAAGAUUGAUAGAUAUAGGUGCAAGGAUCGAUCGACAUUGACGUAUAAAUAGGUAGAUUGAUAGGCUGAAUUGAUAUGUCUCCGCCAAUCUUCUCAGUUCAAUGAAUUACUCAUUGUUCUUAACCCUGCAAUCAAAAACGAAGAUAUAACAAAUAAAUAAAAAUAAAGAAGAAAAUAAGAAAUAUAUAAAACUAUUAUUAUGCAGUGUAGGGAAAGUUUAGGCCAGGCAAAGCUCACAUGGUCUUCAGGAGAGCUUAUAGAGGUUGAAUAGUACUGACCCAGGAGAUAAAGAAGGAAGUAAAAAGAAAUAUAUAAAAAAAACUAAACAGGAUCGAGUUAUUAUAGAAAGUAUAGGCCAGGCAAAGCUCAAGUGGUCUUAAAGGGAGCCUAUAGAAGUUAAAUAAGCAUAAGUAACAUCGCAUUUCCUGCAUAAAG